CGUCCAGAUGGGCAAGCCAGACUGCAUUAUGGACAUGGCAAGUGAAGAAGAAAAAUGGGAGAAGCUGGAUGCGGAAUUUGAUCACUUUGUGGUAGAUAUGAAGCCCUUCGUUUUAAAAUUACCCCAUAGGUCAGAACGGCAGAGGUGUGCACUUUGGAUUAAAAAACUGUGUGAGCCUUCAGGAACAGGUGUAGGAAUAAUGGGCAGGAAGAAUCGGAACCUGUAUGCAAAACUGUUACUGCACAUGCUUAAGCGAGGAGUGAUUGAAGGCCCCUUUAUACACCGACCUGAACCAGGGACACUAAAAACUCUACCUUCAUACAUGUCCAUCUAUUUUGAUGAACCAAAUCCAGCACGAGCAAAAGUUUCAAGCCCAGAAGGAUUACCAGACUGGGUAAUGGGUGAGCUGGGGACAAGCGAACACAAAUUAAAUGAAUCAUGGAAGCUUUCUUCUGGAGACAAUGACUCUUUGGUACAGUCACCAACUGAUGUCCACAGUAGGGAACAAUACACUGCGAAGCUCCAAACGAGAUCACAUUCAAUGAGCCCAACCUACAGAGAAGACGGACAAAAUAUUACCCCAAAGAGUUGUGAAGUUCAUUUGAAAAAAUCUUCUGUUUCUUUGGAUGACAGCGACAUUGAAGCCCGCCUUAAUAGUUGGAAUCUUGGGAUAGAAAAUCCUCGGUACCUGAGACAAAAGCCUAUUCCAGUUUCCCUGAUGACUCCGAAAUUCAGCCUGAGAAAAUCCAGCAGUCUCCAUGAGGAUCACUUACUCUCUCGAAUGCAUGAGAAAGAGUUGGACAUGAAAACAAAAAUGAUAGAAGCUAAAUGUCAUGAAGAGAAGCUUAAACUUCAACAGAAACAUGAUGCUGAUGUUCAGAAGAUUUUAGAAAGAAAGAAUAAUGAAAUAGAAGAAUUGAAAACUUUAUACAAAAAGAAACAAAACGAAACAGAGGACACUAUUAGAAAACUUGAAAUGAAAGUUCAGACCCUUAUACGUGACUCUCAAGUUAUCAGAGAGACUAAAGAAAACCAGAUCGCAGAGCUGAAAAAGAUAUGCGAACAAAGUGCAGAAUCCCUGAAUAAUGAUUGGGAAAAAAAGCUCCACCAUGCUGUAGCAGAAAUGGAAAAGGAAAAGUUUGAUCUUCAAAAGCGGCACACUGAAAAUAUUCAAGAAUUGCUGGAAGACACAAACGUACGUCUGAAUAAAAUGGAGGGCGAAUACAUGGCACAGACACAGUCCACAAACCAGAUGGUCAAAGAACUGGAGUCCCGUGUCCAACAGCUGACUGGAGAAGCAGAGAACAGUAAUUUACAGAAGCAGAAAUUAAUUCAAGAAAAACUGGAACUGGAGAGAUGUUACCAGAUAACAUGUAGUGAAUUACAAGAAGUAAAGGCAAGGUGCAACACACUACAGAAAGAGAAAGAUCGUCUUAUAGACGAUUAUGAGCAAAACAUGAAGCGAUUACAAACCAAAUAUGAUGCUGAUAUAAACCUUCUGGAACAGGAACAUACUCUUUCAGCUUCUAAGGCAUCUGGUAUGAUGAAAGAAUUAGAACAGAAUCUCUCUCAAUUAAAACAACAAUUACAGAAAUCAGAACUGCAAAGAAAGCAACAAUUAAAGGAUCAAGAAAAUAAGUUUCAAAUUGAGAGAAGUCAUUUAAAACGCACCUAUGAAAAAAAGGUUCAUGACUUGCAGAGUGAACUUGAUAAAGAAAAAGAAGAUACUCAAAGGAAAAUCCAUAAAUUUGAGGAAGCUUUGAAGGAGAAAGAGGAGCAGCUGAGUCGUGUGACUGAAGUUCAGAGGUUGCAGGCCCAGCAGGCGGACGCUGCCCUGGAAGAGUUUAAGCGGCAGGUGGAGCUGAACUCAGAGCAAGUCUACACCGAAAUGAAAGAGCAGAUGGAAAAAGUGGAAGCAGAUCUAACAAGAUCCAAGUCUCUUCGUGAGAAACAAUCAAAGGAGUAUUUAUGGCAGCUGGAGGAUGUCAAACAGCGAUACGAACAGCAGAUAGUAGCGCUGAAGCUGGAGCAUGAACAGGAGAAGACGCACCUAUUACAGCAGCAUAACGCACAGAAGGAUAGCCUAGUCCGAGACCAUGAACGGGAAAUUGAAAACCUGGAAAAACAGCUUCGCGCUGCCAAUAUGGAGCACGAAAAUCAAAUUCAAGAGUUCAAGAAACGAGAUUCACAGGUUGUUGCUGACAUGGAGGCCCAAGUUCACAAGCUGAGAGAGGAGCUGAUUAAUGUGAAUUCACAAAGGAAGCAGCAGCUGGUGGAGCUUGGUCUUCUUCGUGAAGAGGAGAAGCAAAGGGCUGCAAGAGACCACGAGACAGCUGUCAGCAAACUGAGGGCUGAAUCAGAAAAGAUGAAAAUAGAGCUGAAAAAGACUCACGCUGCCGAGACAGAGCUGACGCUGGAAAAGGCCAACGGCAGGCUGAAGCAGAUUGAGAAGGAAUAUACCCAGAAGCUUGCCAAAUCCUCUCAGAUCAUAGCAGAACUUCAGACAACCAUUUCCUCUCUGAAAGAGGAGAGCAGCCAGCAGCGGCGUGCUGCAGAAAGGCGGCUGCAGGAUGUGAUACAGAAGUUUGAAGAUGAGAAGCAGCAGCUGAUUAGAGAUAAUGACCGAGCAAUCAAGGCUUUACAAGAUGAACUGGAAAACCGCUCUAAUCAAGUGCGAUGUGCAGAAAAAAAACUACAGCACAAGGAAUUGGAGUCACAGGAACAGAUAACUUACAUACGACAAGAAUAUGAAACAAAAUUCAAAGGGCUGAUGCCAGCAUCUCUAAGACAAGAACUUGAAGACACCAUUUCCUCCCUGAAGUCACAGGUUAACUUUCUGCAAAAGAGAGCAUCCAUCCUUCAAGAAGAGCUGACCGCAUACCAAGGCAGAAGGUAACUGCACGAGGACUUACCCAGGUAACACAGGCGAGUGCGAUGGAGUCACCUGUGGGGCUGCGCUGUGGACCUCUUCCCCCAGGUUUGAAGAUUUGGAUAGUUAAACUGUGAGAUCAGUGGCAUUUUUUAAUACUUAAAUGUAAUUAAGAUCAUAAAAACGUUCAUCACUCAUAUACUAAUGGGGUGGUUUUAUUUGUGUCUGCCCAAGUUAUUUUUUUAACAUUCCUUUACUUCAGAUUUCCGUAUCUGUGUGCAUCUGAGUGUGUACUGAGACUUCCUUGUAUUGCAAAAUGAUUUCUUGCAAUAUUCCUGGGUAAUGCUUUUGCAUAGGAUUUUACCAGUUGCAUCUGAUCAAAAUCGCAUUUGUAGUAUCAUAUCAAACUUUUUAACAUGUUUACAUGGUUUUUGUGUUCAUAUUCAUAUUUUAUUAAAGUAUUAUUUUGUACUUGUCAA